AUCCGCCUUAACUGUGUGAACACCUUUAGGGAGAAUGGCAUGGAUGAGCCACCGAUCUUCCUGGUCUCUAACAAAAAUGUUUGUCACUAUGACUUCCCUGUUCUAAUGGACAAGCUGAUAAGUGACCUCCCUGUCUACAAGAGACACAAUUUUAUGCUCUCCUUACCCAAUAUCACAGAUUCAGUCAUUGAAAAGAAGCAGCAAUCUCUGAAGCAGAGGAUUUGGCUGGAAGGCUUUGCUGCUGACGUAAUGAAUAUCAUCCCUUCUCUGACCUUUCUCUGGGACAGUGAUUUGGAGACUCUGAAGAAAAGCAUGAAGUUCUACCGCACUGUGUUUGGAAUGGAUGAAGCAUCUUUGCAGAAAUUAGCUAGGAACUGGAAAAUAGAGGUGGAUCAGGUGGAGGCCAUGAUAAAAUCUCCUGCCGUGUUCAAACCUACAGAUGAAAAAACAAUACAAGAAAGGCUUUCAAGAUAUAUUCAGGAGUCCCGUUUGGCUAACCAUUACUUAGUUACUAAAAAUCAUCAUCGUAAAGAAAUAUAUUACCUGAAAUAUUAUUUCCUUGACAUGGUGACUGAGGAUGCUAAAACUCUUCUUAAACAGAUAUGUUUAAGAAAUAAGUUGCUUUCUAAUUAAGCUGAAGUUCUGUAACUGUCAAAAAAUUAGGAUCAAUGACAGAAAAACAAGAUACUGAUUCUGUAAAACAUUAUACUGGGUUUAUCCAGGUUAUUCAGGCUUUAUUCACAUUUAGUGAUUAUGUAUCGACAUUAGCUAGAGCAAGGGGAUCAGAUAUGUAUAAAUAACCUGAUAGCUAACAACUAUCCCCUCACUUUGAGUAAAAUCUCAGAUCAAGUAAUUUUACUUAUAUUUAAAUUUGUUCAAUAUAAAUCAACAUCCAUGUGCAGGGUUAGUAUUGAGGUGUUUAGUGUUGUCAACUCGGCAGACUCUAGAGACUCAUGAAAGAAGAGCCUGGGGUUUGCAUUUGGGAAAUUAGUUUGCUUAUGUUAAUUGAGGUAGGAAACCCUUUCCACUGUGGGUGGCACCUUUCCCUAGCUGGCAAUCAUCAACUGUGUAUAUGGAGAGAGGUGCUAAGUAGCAGCAUAUUUACAAUCUUUCAUAACUCUCCAGUGGUUUUUGUUGCUGUUUUUUGUUGUAGUUAUUGUUUUUAAACUGUAGAUGGAAUGACACUAGCUGCCUCAAGAUUCUGGACAAUGACCUAUAUAACUUUAAACUUGAUACUGUAGACUUUCUUGAUAGAGUUUUAAAGGAGAAACCAUACCUGGGGUAGAGCAAUGGCUCAGUAGAUACAGUAGACCUUGCAAGUCUGAAGACUUGAGUUCAGAUACCCAGAACCCACAUAAAGCCAGCUAAGCAUCUGUGAUCCAUGCACUUCUAUGGUGAGAUGGGAGGCAGAAUGAGAAACAUUUUGGAAGAUCGUGGGGCCAGCUAUCCUGCCACAUACAGCAGUAAAUAAGAGGACCUAACUCAAGCAAGUUGAAGGUAAAAGCCAACACGAAAGCUCAUCCUUUGAUCUCUGCAUACAUGCAAUGUCAUGUUCAUGCCUGAUAUCACACAUGGAAAUGCACACAAAAAAGUUUUGUCAUUUUAAAAAAAAAAGAAGGGAGGUUUGGGGCAAUAGCUCAUUGGUAUAAUACCUGCCUCACGCUCAUGAGGCCUCAAAUACAUUCCCUANAACUCCAGAAAAAGGCAAAAAGGGGAUGAGCAUUUACAGGGAUGUCUUUGAGGUUAAGAGAGAUGGCUCAUUGGUAAAGAAUACUGGCUACUCUUGCAAAGGACCAGGAUAUAACUGCCAGAACCCACAGAGUAGCUCACAGUUACCUGCAAAUUCUGGUUCAGGGGAUCAGAUCUCAUCUCCUCACCUCCACAGGGACCAGGAACACAUUUAUGUGGUACACAGACAUACAUGUAAGGCAAACAUUCAUACAAAGUAAAUUAAGAAACAUUUUAAAUAUGUAAUUAAAUUAAAAAGGGAAAGAUAAAUCACAGUAGCCUCAAUAAGGACUAAGAAUUUCACAAAAAUCCUAUCAUCUAGUCAGAAUCCUUGAGAAAAUACUAAAGAAGCUAUCUAAUUCUAUGCCAGAAUUAGGGGACAUGAUGAAAUUUCUCUGCUUUAUAAUGAUUGGUAUUUUGAAUGCUGUGACAUUAAAGGGCUGCUCUAUUCCACAUGAAUAAUAAAAGUCAUUUAAUAAAUUCUUUCUGAAAAAAA